AUGGCAGACCAUGUCCCAACAACGCGGGAGCUAGAUCUUGAACUAAAACUACGUGAACGCGAUCUUCUCAUUGUAGACCUCACCAACGAUAUUAAAGCCUUGAGGGCUUAUCUUCCUACGACAGCCAUCUCAGAUCCAAAUCAAAAGUUUGAAAUACCGUACUCAGUUCUCUCCGUCCUAGCGCCAUUGGCGGUGCGCAAUCCGUUACCUCAAUCCAGCGUCGCUUCUGCAUCCGUGACUGCAGCUCUGAAAGCGCGAGUAGCGACGCUCCAACAGGAGAACGAUGAGUUGUACGCUAUGAUGAGCUCCUCUGUUGUCUCGAAACUCGAUGAAGAAGUAAAAAUUCUUCGACAUUCCUCGACGAAAUUAGAGACCGCCCUUCGAGAGUCACAUAAGAUCAUAGAAUCCUUAUCCUCCGAACUAGAAGCGGCAUACAAGACCAUCUCUGCUGGCCUCCCCAAGUUCUCCCCGAGACGCGCCCGUCGUAUUUCCUCCGCGCCCUCCUAUUCGCAAAAUAUCACUCACUCUCGUUCCCCUUCACCCUCCCGUUCUCGUUCCCGUUCCCGUCCCCCCGGUCCUCCCCACGCUCACAUUCACGCUCGCCCGCCCUUUCUCCCUCUCCUUCUCGUCCUCGCUCCCGCUCCUUCUCCCGUCCCCCCUCACGGACACCUCAUCAUUCCCGUCCACCAACUCCAACACCAACACUCCCGUUCACCGCCCCGUAGCAGAGGCGUCCUUACCAACUCCACAUCCUCCUCCUCCACCCUAAAACCCAUUCCAACAGCUCCACGAGCCCACAAGCGUCCACGAACAGGACUUUCACCCACCGAAGAACAACAAGAAAAACCAACAUCCACUUCUCAUCCUCAUGUUGCUACCGCUUCCAUAGAACCACCCAGCGGACCCCGUUCACGAAAUACCAACGAUAAUCCUAAUUCUCGAGCGGACGAACGGGACGAUAAAAAUAAUGAUAAUAACAAUAAUAACAAUAAUGCACCAACCAGGGGGACACGAACUCGCGAUUGGAGGAGAGAUGCAAGUGGCAGAAAUGUAAAUCACUAUCAACGUGGUGGAGCUGGUAGCUGGUACUGCGGUGGUGGUGUGGUGGGAGACAAAGAGGGGAUAGAGACCAUUCAAGAUCGCCUCUUCCCUUGA